UUUUUUCGCAUGGGUGUUGGGAAGGUUUUUACAAUGAAACUUGCUUUCCAUACGACCAUUUCUGGCACGCGUUUCGUACCAGUAACAUCGGAUAACCCGGAGUGUAUAGUUUGUUUUUUCUAUUACUGACAACAUUAUACAGACACGGGCUUUCCGGUGGAUCUAGUGCCAGUGGGGUUAUCAAUGGAAAGGCGCGAACUUGUUCAGUUCAUUGUCAAGUAUUUGAGUGUUUGCUGAAAUUGAAAACAAUACGCAAGAAAAAUGGUUAACUUAAUUAAUUCGACCCAAACGACCUUAACGAAAAUUUACGAUUACUACGAAUGGACGUUAUCGCUUUCUGAUUCACGCACGAAAGGGUGGCCCUUAGUCGAUUCCCCUGGUCCGACCCUGCUCUACACCUUGAUUUACCUUUUUAUAGUAUGGAUAGGUCCCAAGUUAAUGAAAAACCGAAAACCAUUUCGUUUAACGUGGCUUUUAAUCCCGUAUAACUUAACAAUGGCUGUUUUAAACGCCUAUAUUGCCAUACAGCUUCUCACAGCUUCGACCAGACUCAGAUAUAGUUACAUUUGCGAACCGUGCCGUCAGCGGUACCACCCUGACGAGCUCCAGAUCGCAAACGCUGUGUGGUGGUACUACUUUUCCAAACUACUGGAAUUUUGCGACACGUUUUUCUUUAUUUUGCGCAAGAAAGACCGACAAUUGACCUUCCUGCAUGUCUACCACCACUCGACCAUGUUCUCCCUUUGGUGGAUUGGAAUCAAAUGGGUUCCGAGUGGUUCAACAUUUCUUCCAGCAAUGGUCAAUUCAGCCAUUCAUGUCCUGAUGUAUGCUUAUUAUGGCCUUGCGGCUUUAGGACCUCACAUUGCGAGGUACUUGUGGUGGAAGAAAUAUUUGACUAUUCUUCAAAUGAUCCAGUUCACCUGUGCCUUGAUUUUGGGUAUAAACGGCAUUCGAACGGGUUGUGACUUCCCGCUGUGGAUGCACUACACCCUCAUCAUCUACAUGUUGUCCUUUAUCGUCCUUUUCGGCAAUUUCUACGUGAAAGCUUACAUGGAAAAGGGCAGUCAGGUGUUUUUCGGCAUGGACAUGGGCUGUGGUCAAGGCAACACCUACCAGCGCAUUACCAAUCACCACCAAAACGGGAAAAAGAUCGACUAGACAUUUUUUCGACAAAUUUUUACAAAUCGCGAUCUUCCUGUUCAAUCAAAAAAAAAGCAAACAAACAAAAAAGUGAUCUUUUUGAUUGUAGAUAUAGUGCGAAAUUUUUAUUGUUAUUAAUUUUAUUCGUAGAUUAGUGUGGCGAGUCAAUUAUUUAGUUAGAGAGUAUGAUAAACACUGCCAUUUCGCACAUUUUUUCGCUCAGGGUCUGGUUUUUUGGACCGAAUCAAAACACUCAAAUCAGUAUUACGACACUGAUGAUAAACCCCCUUGUUUAUGUACUAUCUCAAAUGAGACGAUAUGUUGGUUGUUAAAAAUAAAAUAGAGAAAAGUGAAAAAUAA